AUUUGUAUGUAUCCCUCUCUUGUGUUUCUGUUUGGUCAAUGAGUGACGCAACAAAGUAGAAAACUCCAAGUUGGUCAAUGAAUGACGCAAAAAAGAAAAAGAAAAAGAAAAAUUAUUGUCCAAAUGUAAAUGAGGGAAAAAGAAAAAGACAAAAAAAUAUAGAACUUGCUUUGGUCUUUGGGUGAAGCAAAGUACAAAGUGAACAUCAAGUAUGUUGCGAGACAGACAGCUUCGUCUUUUAUCGAGGAGGAGAGAAAUGAAACGUCCAUAGGUUUCUUUCUCGGCAUAAAAGAUGAAGCAGAGAAACUAUUUGAUCAAGUCAGUAGUCGUCACUCUCCCAGCUUUUAUCGUGAUUUAUGCAUCAUGCACAUAUCUACAUACUGAUUUGCUUCACAUAUUUUUAAACUAGCAAAAACAACUACUGUUCAUAUUUGUUUUAGUACCCAUAAUUAUUAUUAAUUAUUAACACACCUACAAGGGGUGGCUACUUAUCUCAUCAUCAUCUUCUAUGUGGUGUGUUUGAAUUUGAGAGAGAUUUCAGAGAGAGAGAGAGCUGGUGAGAGAGAUGGAGGACAACUACAAUGGUGAUGAUGAUCAGAAUAAGGGUGUUUUUAGGGUGUGCACAGAAUCACAAUCAGAUGAAGGUGAUGUUGUUGGUGAGGAGGAGUUGGAGCAGGAAGUUCUAAAAAGGAGGAUCUCAGGCCAUCCACUGUAUGAGCUGUUGAUGGAGAAUCACAUCAACUGUUUGAAGGUGGGUUUGGGUGAAAAUAUUGGAGAAAUUGGAGUCACAAGUACUGAAAAUGACAAGCUCAAGGCCGCUGCCAUUCCCACUUCUUCAGACCUUGAUCAAUUCAUGGAAGCAUACUGCGACGCCCUAAACAAGCUGAAAGAAGCCAUGGAGGAUCCUAUAAAAGAAACGACAUCUUUCAUCACUGAUGUGUAUGCUCAACUUGAGGAUCUCAGUGCCUCCAAAAAACCACAUUAACCCGUACACCUCAACUUGAGGAGCUGCAUGCGUGGCCAGAUUUGACCGAUUAUGCUGAUGAUAACUGAUGAUCUUUGAUCACUAAAUUUGGUAGAUGAUAAGUUAUAAUAAUGUUAAUUUGUCCCAUCAUUUGAUGAAAGUACUUGCUAUAUAUUAAAGUUUCUUAAUUAAUUUUGUUA